UCUGUUCGCGUGCGCGCGGUUAGCGGAAGCACCAUACCAUCCCUCACAGUGUCUGCGCGGCGUGUGCUAUAUACUCGUAUGUUUUCUAGUCACAAAGUCAGCAAGGAAGGGACCCAGAAGGUUAGUAACGGAGAAAGCUGGGUGGUUGACCAGAUAAAGAGACAGUCAUGGAAGGACCCGUGCCAACAGCGGUCCCAAAGUCCAGUGACGGAGAAAUUUGCAGCGCAUCUAAGCCACUGGAGAAGGAGCAUGGGUUUCGGCUGAGAGGCGCGCUAGAGUGGGCUAAAAGGGAGUGGAGAAUAGUUUGCGAACUGGCACUUUUGAUAAUAAUGAUCGUCGUUGUCUGGGGACUCCUUUCCCUGCCAGUUGUAUUCUACUACACUACACCAGAUGAGGAAGUGAACGGCACUCUUAUGGGCCUUACCGUGUUCAGCAAUGCCUCUGAUGGAGGCACUAGGAACAACGCAAGUGGUCUGUGCUUUAACAAAUAUGGUGGAAGUCACUGUCUACUUUCUCUAAAAGCAUUUGCUGCUUGCAACUCACCUGAAAGUGAAAGCACUGAUCUCUAUAUCAGCAAUAGUGUCAUGGAUCAAAUAUCAGCUGAAGCAGCAAUUGGAAACUUGAUAUCUGCUCUUAACUUGUUAAUCCAACCAAGUGAUGAGUGUAGGAGUGCAGUUAUUCCGUUCUUAUGUCUGUACACAUUUGGGGUAUGUGGAACAAACAGUGAUGACUACCGACCCACAUCAGCUCAAUGUACGGAGAUUAGGGACAUCAUCUGUGAAUCAGAAUGGAGGAGAGCUGAAGAUAUGCUUGCUCAGUUUGAGCAGCCACCUCUACCUGACUGCUCUAGUCUCGGUCAAGAAGGACUGGAAUGUGAUGGUAAUGACAGUGAAUAAGACUGAGUGCACAAUCCAGUGUCAUGAUCAUUUCUACUGUGAAGACAACUUCUGUAAGCCACGCUGUGAUCGAUUCAGGGAGUAUUCAGAUGAGUAUGUGAUGCUAUCUGAUGGACUUAUGAUCACAUCUGGAUCUCUUGGACUAGUUUGCACCAUUGCAGUUCUGGUAUUAUUCUUUAUCCGGCGUAAGACAUUGAUGAUGUUUCCAACCAUUCUGGUUUUCUAUUCAACCAUCAGCCUUGUAUUUGUUGAGGUCAUUGUUUUGGUGUCUUUCAUGGGCCGGCCAGCACUCUUUUGCAGUUCCAUUGACCUAGUUUACAGUCUUCAAAACUCAGCACCUUUCUGUAAACUUGGAGGCAUAGUUCAAUCGUUCUUUUACCUUCAAGUGACUUUGUUGUGGCUGCUCAACAUCUUUGCCCUGUACUGGAAAAUACAGUUUCCAUUUCAUGCAAGAUAUUACGACACCACAAAACGAACGAAAGUAUAUACAUAUUGCUUGUGUAAUCCUGGCCUUUGUGGUUCCAAUAUUUGCCCCAAUAACAAUCUCUGCCAGUGGUGGAUUUACAAUGACCAGGUUUCCCCCUAUUGUUUGCCUUGGAAGAGAUCCAGAUGCAAACUUUUAUACUAUUGUGUUUCCAACUACAAUACUCUAUGCUGUUGGACUAACGGUGAUGUUGCUGAUUCUCUGGAGAAUAAGAAGGCACAUGAGCCGUCACCUCAAAAUAUCAGGGUCUGCACGACACAUAAUAAUCCUCACUCCAGCAGAACGAAAAAUUUUCAUAGUUCUUCUCUACUAUACUUUCUCUGUAGCACUACAGCUAACGACAUUUUCACUGUCUACAAGGAAUAUCAAUCAUGAUAUCAAUGCCAUCUUCUCCUACUUCUCCUGCCAGCAAUCAGGAGAAAAUAGCUCCUGCACUCUCGACACAGCACAGAAUCCAUUUUGGGCACUUUUCGCACUUAUUGUUCUCCUUCUCCUACCUUCCAUUAACCUAUUCUUUGCCAUGAACCUAAGGGAUUUCAGAGGACUAUGUAAACCAUGCCUUACACUUCUCAGGAGAGUUAAACCUAAGCAGAGCAGUGUGAUCUCAAGUUCUGUCCCUGCAUCAGGUCCAGCGUGAUUAUUAAUUAUACUUUGUUAAUAGAGACAAUGAUUUUUACAGUUUGCUUCAGUAUAGGGUAUAAUAGUGUACUGCUUGCUGUACUCAUGA